AUGGCGACCGCCAUGCAAAAUGCGCCGUCCUCAACAGUCUAUGUCAAAAACCUCGAGGAACGGAUAAAAAUCGACCAGCUGAAAUCAGCUCUCUCCGAAAUCUUCUCCGAGUACGGCAACAUCAUCGACCUGGUCGCAAAGACGAACCUGAAAGCGAAAGGCCAAGCAUUCGUUGUCUUUGACAGCGCCGACUCUGCCGCCAAAGCGAUCGAAGAAAUUAAUGGCUUUGAGCUGUUCGACAAACCGAUGCAGCUGGACUUUGCGAGGACGAGGUCGGACGCGACGGUGCUGAAAGAAGACGGCGAGCACGGGUUAGAAAAGUGGAAGAGAGCAAGACUUGCGGAGAAAGAGCGAAAACAGGCGUUGGAGGCUACACAGCAGAAGAUGCUGAAGAGACCGGCCGCUGCACCAGCUGACGCCGCGGCGGGAGCAGGGCUGGCAGCACGGCCGGUGAAGACGGCCAAGGGAGCGGGCUUGAAACCGUCGGGCGCGAAUGCUGCGGCCAUUAUCCCAGAUGAAUACCUCCCGCCCAACAAGAUCCUGUUCCUGCGGGAUCUGCCGGACAGCUACGAUGCGGAUGGCUUGAGCAGGAUAUUCAGCCGGUUUGAAGGCUUCAAGGAGGUCAGAAUGGUGCCCGGCCGCAAAGGCAUCGCUUUUGUGGAAUAUGAGGCCGAAGCUGGGGCAAUCAGUGCCAAAGAAGCCACGGCAGGCAUGCAGCUGGGCGACGAGGGCAAAGGUAUUCGAGUUACCUACCAGCGCGCUUGA